UCAGAACCUUACCGGAUUAUAACAGCCUGCUGAUUAAGUCACGCAGAUGGUAUUAAAACACGUCAGUCAGAGGGUUCAAUACUAGGUAACAGUCGUUCCUUCGGCUCAUUAUUUUCACACACGAUACUAUCGUUUAUCUCUCCGGACGACACUCGUUAUAUGCGCGAUAGGGAGUCAUCCGUUUUUACCGGACACCGCUGGACACUCUCUACUCACAGACACAGGUGAGAAAAUGAGUACAAUAAAGUGCAGAGCAGGAAGAGGAGAAGCAGGAGGAGAAGGAGGACGAGAAGGAGGAGGAGAAGGAGGAGGAAUUAGCAAACUCAGGCUGCUCAUGGUCACAUGGAAUGUGGCGACAGCCGAGCCUCCUGGUGAUGUCACCUCCUUGCUGCAGCUGGACGCCCAGCCUGCCAUAGACCUCUACGUGAUUGGUCUUCAGGAGGUAAAUGCAGCUCCUCUACGGUUUCUGUCAGACCUGCUGGUAGAAGACUCUUGGAGCCACCUACUGAUGAACACACUGGCCAGUAGAGGAUACAUCAAGGUCUCUUCAGUGAGACUGCAGGGGCUGUUGCUGUUGGUCUUCUCUAAGCAGGUUCAUGUCCCCUUCAUCAGAGAUAUCCAGACUACCUACACACGCACCGGCAUCUUCGGGUACUGGGGUAAUAAGGGCGGUGUAUCAGUUCGCUUCUCCCUCUAUGGUCACAUGAUAUGUUUUGUGAACUGCCACCUGACGGCUCAUAUGGGUUACGCUCUGCAGCGCGUUGAUGAGUUUGAGUACAUUCUGGAGACUCAGGACUUUGACCUGGACAACACACCCACCGUCCGAGACCACAAGGUGGUCUUCUGGUUUGGUGAUCUGAACUUCCGUAUAGCUGACCAUGGAAUGCACUUCCUCCGAUCCUCCAUCAACAGCGGACGCUUCAACCUUUUGUGGGAGAGGGACCAGCUGUUAACGAUGAAGAAGAAGGAACCGUUCCUCCAGGAGUUUGAGGAGGGACCUCUGAAGUUUAAACCUACAUACAAGUUUAACCGCAACUCUGACACCUACGAUACCAGCACUCAGAAGACAUGGUUGGGCUUUAAUGGUAAGAAGAGGAAGCCAGCAUGGACCGACCGCAUUCUGUGGCGCAUCAAACCCAAUUCCCCGCCCCCUGAGGAUGACGAGGAGGAGAGGGCGUCGACCUCCACACAGCACUCGGAUGACGGACAGGAGGAGUAUCCAAUCAAAGUGCUCCAGGACACCUACACCUGCGACCCCAGCUACGGAGUCAGCGACCACAAACCUGUCAUAGGAAUCUUUAACCUGGAGAUGAGGAAGCGUUGUGACAGUGCGCUGGUCAGUGUGUGUCCAGAGGGUCAGUGGAGCGCUGACCAAGAUGCUGUGCUGUCCUACACCAUCCUUGAAGACUUCAUGUCCUCUACCUGGGACUGGGUAGGACUUUACAAGGUGGGUUUUAAGACUGCGUCAGAUUACGCUACCUUCGUCUGGGUCAAAGGUGAACUAGCAGAGGUCAACGAGGUCAUGCAGGUGUGUGUGAAUAAGGAUGACGUCCCACUAGUGGCAGGAGAGUAUGUUCUGGGCUACUACAGUUACAACAUGCAGAGCAUCGUAGGAUUCAGCCACAACUUCCAGAUUGUGGAGUCUAAGAGGGCUGUUAUGGAGGGGAUGGUUCCACAGGAUGUCAACGGGUUGAACAAAUAAACCCCACAUUAUCUUAACACCUCAUUGGCUACACACACACACACACACACACACACACACACACACACACACACACACACACACACACACACACACACACACACACACACACACACACACACACACACACACACCUCCUUGGCCCUGACCCCUGUGCCCCAAUGAAGAUGAGACAGAGGGGUAUACUGCAAGGCAAGAUCAAUGAGUUGGCAGUUAACUUUUAUAAACAAUCAGAAAUAACUAUUGAUUUGCUGGUUAAUUAAGAAUGCUAAACUGUUUAAACUGAUUAUUUGAGUCAAUAAGACCAUGCCUAUUUCAAGCUUAUCAUUCUAAAAAUAAAAAUAGUUAUUUCAUAAUAUUUAGGCAAAACAGCUGGCUUACUGAUUAAUCCUGCUUUGUAGUAUAGAGAGACAGAACAGGUGGUAAUAUACCUGGGUUGAAGAGAGACAGAACAUGUGGUAAUAUACCUGGGUUGAAGAGAGGGAGACAGAACAGGUGGUAGUAUACCUGGGUUGAAGAGAGAGAGAACAGGUGGUAAUAUACCUGGGUUGAAGAGAGGGAGACAGAACAGGUGGUAGUAUACCUGGGUUGAAGAGAGAGAGACAGAACAGGUGGUAAUAUACCUGGGUUGAAGAGAGACAGAACAGGUGGUAAUAUACCUGGGUUGAAGAGAGACAGAACAGGUGGUAAUAUACCUGGGUUGAAGAGAGACAGAACAGGUGGUAAUAUACCUGGGUUGAAGAGAGGCAGAACAGGUGGUAGUAUACCUGGGUUGAAGAGAGACAGAACAUGUGGUAAUAUACCUGGGUUGAAGAGAGGGAGACAGAACAGGUGGUAGUAUACCUGGGUUGAAGAGAGAGAGACAGAACAGGUGGUA